AAACAUUCUUAAUCAGGCAAACACCUCCUAAUGAGGGCGCGUAGCUUCUGGAAUUCUCCAGUCUUUCUAUUUGUUCCGCACAACCAGUGAAACCCCUUUCAGUCUUUCGCGAUUGGAAGUUCGAACAUCGAAAACCCUAGAGGUACUCUGCUCACGGAUACGAUGGCAAUUCUAUCUGACUAUGAAGAUCCCGAAAACAAUACGCCUACUUCAUCGGAAGCCGUGACGAAGGCGUUUAAGGCUGUUCUUGAUCCCGCCAACCCGCUUGGGUUUCUUGAGGCGGCGUUUGAGUUCGUCGCCCGAGAGUCUGAUUUGUUCAAGAGCGACUCCUUGAUCAACGAUGUGAAUGCUGUGGUUCGAAUGGUCAAGGAAAAGGUUCAAACUGAUGAGCGAAGGCAGAUGGAUAUAGACAAAGGGGCGAAUGGGAAUGUUGAGGAUAAGAUGAAGGAGGCGCCGAUACCUUUAGCAGCUGCAUCACCCAAGGAGGUGAAAUUAGAGGAGGAGAAGACUACCGAAAUUAAGGAGGAAAACAAGAAAGGACCUCGAGCUCCUAACAGAGGGAAUGGACUCGAUAUGGAUAACUAUUGUUGGACUCAAACCCUGCAGGAGGUCAAUGUCACUAUACCUGUAAACCCUGGAACGAAGUCAAGGUUCAUCAUAUGUGAGAUAAAAAAGAAUCAUCUUAAAGUUGGGAUUAAGGGUCAGCCACCAGUGAUAGAUGCUGAACUCUACAAGCCUGUUAAGGUUGAUGAUAGCUUUUGGAGUUUGGAGGAUCAAAAGGCCGUCUCAGUACUGUUAACCAAGAAAGAUAACAUGGAGUGGUGGAAGUGUUUGGCGAAAGGUGAGCCUGAAAUUGAUACACAGAAAGUUGAACCAGAAAAUAGCAAACUAUCAGAUUUAGAUCCUGAAACGCGAUCAACUGUGGAAAAAAUGAUGUAUGAUCAGAGACAAAAAUCUAUGGGUCUUCCAACAAGUGAUGAGAUGCAGAAGCAAGAUAUCUUGAAGAAAUUCAUGUCUGAGCACCCAGAAAUGGACUUCUCCAAGGCCAAGUUUAGCUGAUUGCAAGUGCUGGCAGUAGAAUCUGUGAUGGCGCAAUCGUAUUUAUCAGUGGCAAGAAUGUCGGUUUUCUGGCUAUCCUGUUUGAGUUGGUUUCAAUGGUUGUCUUAGGCUGAGUAAUGCAUAUAUGAUUAUCUACUUGUUUUUGUUGACCAGUUUUUUCGACUGUACAUUUUAUGAUUAUGAUGAGCUAGCUAGUAUGUUGAUGGUAAUAUUUUGCUUGACUUGGCAUAUUUCUACUCAUUGUUUGCUUGAAUACUCUUAUGUUUGCAUCAACACUUAACAGCAUUGGGCUAUAUGUUAUUUGUAGGUUUUUACUAUAAUUUCUUAGUGAGGUAGUGUAGAGUAAAGAUAAAAACGUUCGCUGUGUAGUGUGUAUUAAACUAUGUAUGAUUUGCUACAACUUGAGAGCAAAGCACUUGACCCCAGCACAGGGCCGGUGUGGCAAUGUCCUCUGCUGUGUUUUCACACCAUCCUUAACAGCCAGAAGAUGUUCCAUAUUUAGCGGAAGAAGCUGCCCAGUAGGACUUCAUUCUAGGAUUCUUUUUAGCUAUGUAAGAGCGAGACAGGAUUAGACGUCUUCAAAAGCAUCUUGGCUCAUUCCUUGAGUUUACUUAUAUCUCUGUUAGAUGAGUGUCGAUUGUUUGUUUCCAUCUGGGUUGGACUUCAGUAACCUAUGACCUAUCUGUGUGACUGGACUGCAACCUGCCAGAUUGAUAUGGUUCGAGUUAGAGAGUUUUUUGUUGUAAAUUACUCCAUCCGUUAAAUUUUAUAAGCUGUAUUUUACUUUUUUGGGUUAUUUAGAAAAAGUAUGAACAUUUUUCUAAGUUGAACUCCAAUGACUUUACUUUUUCUAGUCUUUUUGAAGGUUAGAAUUCUAAAGCAAUCAUUUUAUCUUUUAUUUUCUUAAAAUUUGGACCAAAUCCAUAUGCAUUUUGGACAAGAAUGUGUCAAAA